AACAAUAUUAUCAAUGGCGUCACACCGAAUAGCCGUCAAUUGGGUUUCUACAGUCUCCAUCCCAUCAUCACUCCUAGACCGAUCAAUAAAUCGAUACCAAUCACCCGUGAUACGGACUAUGUGAUUAUUGCCAGUUGGGCGAUUUGGGAACGUUUGAGUACUGGUCAGAUCGCGUCCAUACUUACAAGUUCUGUCAAUCCACAAGUGGCCGCGAAAACUAUCCAGGACUCACUGCAAGCCUGCGAUUAUAAUGGUAACUUCAUGCGUUGUCGUUAUCCGAUUGUUAAAACCGGAGUUGGCUUUUCGAAGUGCCCCACCUGCUCCACCAGUGGCCUUCACUCCUAUGGCGAUACCACCGAUGAGGCCAAGGAUCAGGAGACGACUCUACAAAAGAUUGAGCAGAGGUUGGAAAAAAAAAUCAGCGAAGUCAUAGCAAAAAUGGAAGACGACACCACUGCCACCGCUCAAGAAGCAAGCCUCUCGCCUGGUCGUAAACUCUACGAGAGGAUCGCAGCCGAGGAAAAAGUCUCGAGCUGGAUGUUCUCUCCAAACUCCUCGCUCGGUCCGCCUCCACCAGAUCCCACUUCGAGCAAGCAGACGCAGUUAUUGGACGAGUUGCGGUCGAAAGUGACCCUCGUGGACGAAUUCACUUCUCAAUCCCCUUUCACGGUAUCUGCAAGAGUUGGAAAUGUCACAGUGACCUCUGAGGAACGAUUUCAGACAGGCACCGAGAGCAAAUCCUACGGGCUUCCCCGGGUGAAAACACUGGUUCUCCCAGAUGGGAAGAUUCUGCCGGUGAGAAACCCUUCUUCUUCCACUGGGACUGAAAACUCUCAGUCAAGCAUGUCUUCGGAAGGUAUUACCCACAAUAAUACUCCUGUGCGCUUCUCGCCAACUCCGGUCACAUCCUCAGAUGAUUCUUUAAGAGUUAUCGUGCCAAAAGAAUCAGGCAUGACAGGUCCUUCCAGUUCAAGGGUGCUGGAUGUGGCCCACGGCAACCUCUCGGACAAAAUCCAUUUACCUCUGCCAUCAGAAGACCCCAGGAGGACUUGCCAGGAAUCAAAAGUUUUCUCUCUUGUCACAGGAAAGGGAAAAUACUGCACUUCAAGUUCGAGCUUAUCGGAGGCAACCUCAAGUAAGGCCCUCAGGGAUUUCCCUUUAGCCUCAUGCCAUGAAGAAUCUGAAAACAACCGCUCAUUACAAUCAGUGCCCUAUGAGGAUCACCGGAUGCCUUCUCCCAAACCGAACAACCUCUGGGCGGAUGAGGAAAGAGAUGGUAGCCCAAUGGGUCAACUCGAGCCAGAUUUCGAAGAUAUUCACAGCUCUUAUCGCGCUUGGCCGACGGCAUCAUCAGACAGCGGAGUCUACAGUAUCCAACAAGCAACACGGGAACGACGCACUGAGCCACUCAGUCGGUCAUUUGAUUACUAUUCACACACGAAGGUCCGACCGUACGACGACGUGGAGUCCUCCUCAUUUCUGGAUUUUGUGGCUCCGUCACGGACCACCACACCAUUCCUGGAGUACGCCAGUCCCUACAGACGAAAGAUGAGCGUCAUCGACGAGAGCCCAGAGGCACUGCAGCGAAGUUCGAGCGAAGAACGACCACCGUCGACGGGCCCACCUCCCCUUCCGAAAUACGGAUAUACCACAAAAGGCAUCAACGAUGACGACCCACCAAAAGGCGAUGCCAAACUCAAUUUCCGAGACGAGAACUGGCGAAUUCAGAUUUCUAGGGAGGUCCUGAAAGCGUCACUACCUCUUCUUCACUUUGUCAUCCAGAAAUUCUUAUGCGAGAAGCAAGAUGCGGACAAAAAUAUA